AUGAUGAAUCCGGCCCCAGAGACGCGCACAGAUGCACACGGACCCCAGGGAGUGUAUCCAGCUCGACAACGCCAGACCGCACAUCACAAGAACGAGAAGGCAGAGCUGGAAACCUACGGAUGGACUAUUCUACCACAGCCACCGUACUCUCCAUUUUCUCGGAUUACCACCUUUUCUCCCAUUUUCAACGUCAUUUGGACGGCUAAGACAUCGACAACCGCGACAACAUCAAGACGCACUACAGGUGUUCUUCGACGGCCUACCCGCAACUUUCUAGAGGAAGGGCAUCCAUGA